AUGGAGCCGAGUAUAUUCGGAGCUGGGCCAUCGGGUACUAAGCAGCCUAUCGCCGUUCCAGAGAUUGUGGAGCCAGGAGAAAGCAGAAACAGCGAUAAUCUCUCAAGUGCUGUCAUGGUUGACGCCCACAAAUCCGGAGCAGUACCCCAAACCACAAUCGAGCCCAAAGAAGAGGAGGGAACACGUUUCCGAGUCUGCGCAGGCAACUUAAUGUCCGCCUCCCCAUGGUUUAACCGUGCUCUGAAAAAGAAUGGAUGGAUGGAGUCCAGUUGGAACCCAGAGGCAGGUGGUUUCACAUAUCUGCUCAAGACUGGGAGGAAGAGGCCCGACUACUACGAAUGCGGCGAAUCUGUCGAUCUGUUGGUCAAUAUAUGGGUGGCAGAUUUGAGGGUGAAGACACCCAUUCCAACGACAUACUUCCGGGACCUGGUAUUGUGGAUAUGGAUAUCCUGGACCUUCAAGUUGUCAGAUUUGUUCAAGCAAGUGACUGCUGUCGCUAUCGGGCAGCCUGCUGAGCCUGUUCGAAACCUGGGGCUUCCAAUUCCGGCUUGGAUUACUGACGAGAUCGAUCUCAGACGAUACCGGGUCAUGGAGUCUGUCGUGUCUGGGCUGGCUGAACAACUCGAUGUCUAUCGCAACGCCACAUACACUUGUCCCAUCGGCUCUAGCUAUUCGUUUUGGUGCGGAAGUAUGCUCUUGAGCGCACUGACGAAGGAAGUGGAUUCGUGGGAUCUCAUCUCCCCACGGCUCAAGAGACCGUGUCUCGGGCAAACUUUCGAUGCCCUCUGUGUUAAAGCACGUUCGAUGGAGUCAGAGACGCGUGUUCAUGGCGGCUAUAGCCCUCAUAGCUGUAAUGUGAGCACAGCUGUCAACUCCAUUGUAGAUCUAGCUGUCGCCAGUGUAGCAGGGUUAGGUUUGAGAGAGAAGCCUGCCUGGGCAGGAGGCGCGAACUGAACGUCA